UGCGGCCAGUCGUAGCAAGAGCGUAGCGGCGAAUCUCGGCAAAAGUUUUACUCCUGGUUCGAAUGUUCAGGUUACUAAAAUUCCUGAAGAAUGCCUUCUUUUGGAUCUUCCCGUGUCUUCAAAUAUUGGCGACCGCAUAGGUACCUCAGUGGCAUCCAGCGUCAUUGAUUCUACAGCGGCAGCAGAUUCUCGUCAAUUGCCUCUCGCUCUCGAAAUGAAUACCAGAACAGUAGGAGACGACCUAUGUGAAGGAAUGAAGGCGAAAGUUUCUUGUCCGAUAAGCGGCGAGAUGGUGGUCACGCAGAGGAAAAGUUUCUACGACCCACAAGGACAGUCUCCACUUGGCACUAUGCAAGGAAUUCCUCUGGCGCAUUACCGCGGGUAUAUAACGGUAUUUCCUCGUUAUAGCGCGAGGGUUUUCAGCGCACCGGCCCUCGCGCACCGCAAAAAGAGAAAGAAGUUUUCGUUGAAACGAAUUUUCGAAGAAUCAUUCGAAUUCCUGACCCAAGAAUUGAAGCUGUUACAAGACAUUCCGUUCAUGCUGUUCGUGUUGAGUAAUUUCCUCCUUUACACGUUCUACGACAUCCCGUACGUGAAUCUGCCGGACUAUGUGAACGAAAACGUCGGUGAUGUAGACGAUGAUCUGGCGUCGUCACUUAUAUCCGUCAUCGGCAUCGUCAACACCAUAGCCAUGCUACUGUACGGUUUCAUCGCCGACCGAAAAUUUUUUAACAGUAUUCUUUGGUACGGCAUCAGCGUGACGAUGUGUGGUUUGGCGGUGCUCGCCAUACCGUGGAUUCACUCGAACGUCGCACUUUACGCCAUCUGCGGCAUUUUCGGCUUCUGCAUCGGUGCCAACUACACGCUCACCUCCGUCAUACUCGUCGAGCUGAUGUCGAUUUCAGAUUUCGUUUAUUCUUACGGCCUGAUCUGUCUCAUGCAGGGCUUUGGAACUUUAAUUGGACCACCGUUCGCUGGAUUCAUUUACGAUAUCACGGGCAACUAUUUCUUAACGUUCACCAUUGGCGGUAUCGGUAUUGUCGUGUCUGGAACCUUGGUACUGUUGCUGAGCUUCCUUAUUUGGCGACAUCCGCUGUCAAACGACUAG